AUGCCGUCUAUCUCCUUCAAGGAAAUUAUACCACCACAGCCUUCGACACAGCGUAACUUUACCACACACUUGUCGUAUGACCCUGCAACGAAUGCAAUUGCUUAUCCAUGUGGCAAGUCUGCCUUUGUGCGUUGUUUGGACGACGAAGUUAAGGAGACGCCUGCAGUAGUGCAGUUUACUGGCCACGGCUCUUCAGUGGUCACAACAGUGAAAUUCUCUCCCAUUCAGGGUUCUCAGUAUAUAUGUUCUGGUGAUGAAUCUGGAAAAGUGAUUGUUUGGGGUUGGAAUUUUGAUAAAGAAAAUAACCACGUUGAAGUGAAUGUCAAGUCCGAAUUCCAGGUUCUAGCUGGUCCAAUUAGCGAUAUCUCUUGGGAUUUUGAAGGUCGGAGACUCUGUGUUGUCGGAGAAGGCCGUGAUAACUUCGGUGUUUUUAUAUCCUGGGACUCUGGUAAUUCCCUUGGUGAAAUUUCAGGUCACUCACAGCGCAUUAACGCCUGUCAUUUGAAGCAAUCGAGACCUAUGAGGUCUAUGACAGUUGGAGACGAUGGAUCCGUUGUCUUCUACCAAGGACCUCCAUUCAAGUUUGCUGCUAGUGACAGGGUGCACCACAAACAAGGCUCCUUUGUCAGAGAUGUCGAAUUCUCACCGGGAAGCGGUGAAUUUGUUGUUACGGUAGGAUCUGACAGAAAGAUUUCUUGUUUUGAUGGUAAAACAGGUAAAUUUGUGAAAUAUAUAGAAGAUGAUCAAGAACCAGUUCAAGGCGGCAUAUUUGCAUUGUCGUGGCUUGAUCCCCAAAAAUUUGCUACUGUAGGUGCUGACGCCGCCAUUAGGGUGUGGGAUGUAACAACCUCUAAAUGUGUUCAGAAAUGGACAUUAGACAAGGAGCAGCUGGCCAAUCAACAGGUUGGUGUUGUGGCAACAGGAAACGGAAAAAUUAUUUCUCUUUCAUUGGAUGGAACACUGAAUUUCUAUGAACUUGGAAAUGAUAAGGUUUCAAAAACCAUUAGUGGUCAUAACAAGGGUAUCACUGCCUUGGCAGUUAAUCCACUAAUCAGUGGUUCGUACGAUGGAAGAAUUGUGGAAUGGUCCAGCGCAUCUAUGCACAAAGAUCAUUCCAAUUUGAUUGUGUCACUAGACAAUAAUAAAUCACAAGAAUACUCGAGUAUUUCUUGGGAUGAUACUUUGAAAGUAAACGGUGUUACUAGGCACGAAUUUAAAUCACAGCCAAAGGUUGCCAGCGUAAAUAAUGAUGGUUUCGCUGCAGUGAUUACAAAUGACGAUGAAUUGUUGAUAAUACAAUCUUUUACUGGUGAGGUGAUCAAAAAUAUAAAAUUGAAGUCACCAGGUUCCGCUGUUAGCUUGUCCCAAAAUUUUGUUGCAGUUGGCCUGGAAGAAACUAAUGUCGUUCAGGUAUUCAAAUUAUCAGAUAUGGAAGUCAGUUUCGAAUUAAAAACACCCCUUCGUGCAAAGCCCUCCUACAUAUCAAUUUCACCAUCAGAGAUAUACAUUGCAGCUGGGGAUGUCAUGGGUAAGAUAUUGCUGUACGAUUUGGAAGCAAGAGAUGUCAAAACUUCUAGAUGGGCUUUUCAUACUAGUAAAAUCAACGCCAUUUCAUGGAAGCCUGCUGAUAAUGGCGCAAAUGCAGAUGAAAGUGAAGAAGAUUUAGUUGCCACUGGUUCCCUGGAUACUAAUAUUUUUAUUUACUCCGUCAAGAGGCCCAUGAAGAUUAUCAAGACGUUGAAUGCCCACAAGGACGGUGUCAACAAUCUCUUGUGGGAAACCCCGUCUAGUUUGAUCAGUGCAGGUGCGGACGCUUGUAUCAAGAAAUGGAAAGUUGAUCUCGAAUAA